UCAGUUCAAUCGACCGGCGGACAAUCCUCAUCAGUACCAGCAGCCAGAGAGCCCCGGAGCCUCCGACAGACCCUCCCGGCCCUUCAGCCCCCGCACAAAGCGAGCAGCGCCCCGCCAUGAAACAGACUCUGAGCGAACUGCUGAGGAUGAGCCGGAUAUGCCGGAUGCUAUUCGCCACUUGUUUGGGAUCCUUUAUUCUGGUCAUCUUUUAUUUCCAAAGUAUGUUCCAACCAGUCAUGCGGAGGAACCCCUUUGUGGUGGAUGGCUGCUGCAGGAAAGGGUCCCGCAACGCUCUGCAGGAGCUCUACAACCCAACACAGCCGGAGCUGUCCGGAGCAGCCAUGCUCCACCAGGCCCGGCGGGAUCAGGUGGGGGAUGCAUGUCGAGUCUACAGUGCGUCCAGCCGUAAGCGCAGAGUCCUGACACCCGGAGACCUCAAACACCUCGUGGUGGACGAAGACCACGAGCUCAUCUACUGCUACGUUCCCAAGGUGGCCUGUACCAACUGGAAACGCGUCAUGAUGGUGCUCACAGGCCGGGGCAAAUACAGCGACCCAAUGGAUAUCCCUUCCAAUGAAGCCCACAUCCCUUCCAACCUGAAGACACUGAACCAGUACAGUAUUGCUGAGAUCAACCACCGCCUCAAGAACUACCUCAAGUUCCUCUUUGUUCGCGAGCCCUUUGAGAGGCUGGUCUCCGCAUACCGCAACAAAUUCACCCUCAAGUACAACUCGUCCUUUCACAAGCGCUUCGGCACCCGCAUCAUCCGCCGCUACCGCAAGAAUGCCACGCAGGACGCCUUGUUCCACGGAGCUGAUGUCAAAUUUAAGGAAUUCACAGAGUACCUGGUGGACCCGGCAACACAGCGUGACGGCCCGCUCAAUGAGCACUGGCAGACCGUCUACCAGCUCUGUCACCCUUGUCACAUCCACUACGAUCUGGUGGGCAAGUACGAGACGCUGGAAGAGGAUGCUAACUACGUGUUGCGGCUGGUAGGAGUUGGCGACUCCUUGCGCUUCCCGAGCUAUGCCAAGUCCACCCGCACCACGGAUGCCAUGACCGCCCAGUUCUUCAGCAAUAUCACCACCCAGCAGCAGAUCCAGCUCUACCAGCUUUACAAGUUGGACUUCCUAAUGUUCAACUACUCCACACCCAGCUACCUCCGGGUGGACUGAUGGAGGACACAGCUAGAACUGGAGGGAUUUUUACGGAGGCAAACUUGAUUUUUUUUAAACCGUCGUCGUAACUGCAGGGUCUGAAUUAGACAUAUGAAUAGGUGCUGAAAGAGAGAAAGGUAAUGCGUGCUUGUCUGGGCAAAAGGGAGGGGGGAUGUCCAAUCAACUCUGCGUGCAACACAGAGCGCUUGUUGGAUGUGGGCAAAAUUAACCAAAUGCAUGCAAAAAAAAAAAAAAAAAGUGUGGGCGAAGCAGGUCUUCAAGGUGUUUUAAAACACAGGAACUUAUCCCCAGAGAACGGCGCUAAAGAGCGAUUCUCCUGAUGAUCCCCCCUUCUUGUUUCAACAAACUGCUGACAGAUUAGACCGCUUCAGAUUCUACAAAGCGAACAGCGGCCUCGCACGCGCCCUGACCCCAACGCAUCGUGGGAGCUAAGCUUAUCUCCACCUCCCCUCCUGAUCAGUAGAGAAACUCUGUCAAAUUGUAAAACACUGUUCAUUUCCUCGUCACUCUGUCAGCGCGGUGUGUUAGAGGCCUGCUCAUCAACCCGUAAAGGAUGUUUUCUGACUUUACUCUGGAGACCUCAACUGUUCGUAAUCGUAACUGUGCGGCAUUUAGCCAACGGGUUUAAUGAAACAAAGGGUCACUGGUCUCUAUUAUUGUGAUGUUGGCACAAGCCCUCUUGUGUUACUCCUUGAAUCCCCCGAGGAAAACAGAGUCUCUUGCUGCGACGGUGAAGUGUGGAAGUGCUUAAUAAAUCAUUGCCUCUGACACCGAGCAUCCUUAACACUUUGAGCUGCAGGAAGUCUUAAGAAAGGUACUAGAUGUUCUCACAGCGAUUGGCCGCACAAGCUGGGAGUGACAAGUCACAGAAGGUCUGAGCUGAAAGAUAAGAAACAGCCUGUGUGGUUGUGGAAAGUUUAAAGGCACGGGAUCUCAUUGCCCCACCCUGCUGUGCCCCACCCAGGACCUCAGUGGACACACCCACAAAAGCCCCUGCUCAGACGACCAAACAUGUCUUUCAGUAAAUUAAUCCUUUGUUUCUAUGCUUAUUUUUGGUUUGUAUUGUUUUAUAAAUCAUUGCUGCGAGCAGUAAUAACAAAAUAUUAUUUAAUUUGCUUUGUUGGUUAAAAAGAGAAAUAUUUUUGUGUUGAUGAACAUAUUAGGAUAUGAUUUAAAGUUCAACUGUUGUCAGUGUUUUUCAUGUUGCUCUCUUUCUUCACAACUUGCCUCUGAUACACAGUUUCUUUUCUGAUGGUGCAUGGUGCGUUUUCUGACCACGGCUUUGUCCUUCUGUGUCUGACAUCACCAGAGAUUUACGAGUUCCUCUUCUCCAUUUCCGGUCCUCAAAUAUUUGGUGCCAAAAUGGAGCCUCGGAGCUCCGCUCUUGGUUUGCUGUUAAGGUAAAGAUGAGACCCCCACCUCUCCAACCCGAACACGGGCACUAGACGCUGCUCUUAGUGUACAUAUCAACAAAUCUGCUGCCCGCAUCACAGUCACAUGCAGAGUAAAGUCAAGGUUAAUAACUGCUCUCCAUCACGCUGUGAAUUGGAUUACAGGCUGUAAGUAUUAUACAGGGGGAGAGGGAGAGAGAGGGGCGGAGUCAUUUAGUUUUAUACCUCUUUGUAAAUUCAAAACCACUCCAGCUUCAAAGUCAAAGAGAUGGAGGUUUUUUUUUAUGGAAAUUGUUACAAUUGACUGAACCAGGAAUAAUAUUUCUUUUUUUUAGAGUUUUAAAAGUUUUCCCCAUUAUUCCUGCUGGUAUUAAUAACAUUUCACUCGCCAGAUUCAGUGUGGAGAGGUUACUUAUGCUGUGAUACUGAUAGACAUGGCUGUAUUAAUGGUGAAGCCGAUAUGUGUCAGUAUGACACGGACAAAAGCACAAUUUCAACUCCCAUGAUUCGGGCCUUUAAGCGGGUCCUUCAUUACCUGACCUGGAGGCCCUGUCUAGUGGGUUCCUGUCAGAAUGUAGUCUUAAAACCUGCAUUUUUGCACUUAACUGGCAAACAAACGCUGGUAAUUGCCAUGUCUGCUAGAUCCUUUAGGGUCCAGCAUAGUCCAAGGGUCACUGUAUGGGAAUACAGACAUAUGCACAAAUAAAGCACAGGCCCGAUAUCUCAGAAUGCUUCGAAAUGAGCAUAACAUGCACUACGACGCUGUAGAGCCCUUUAUUCAGACAAUAAAAACCAACCAGGACGAACAAACAUAUAGUAUGUGCUGUGUGUACACACUAGAAAGAAGCAGCAGUAGUACAAUUACAAUAUAAACAACUAAAAUACAAUCUUAAAGGAAUUAAGUUAACAAUGUAGGUUGUAAAUAGUGUAAAGUCAUGUAGACACUCUGCAGUGCAGGAGGUAAGGGUUUAAAAGUUAGAAAAGAGUUUACUUGCAAAUUGAUAUUUAUGUCAAAUGUAGCCUACAUUUCAGGUUCAGUUUAAUUUAAAGUUUUGUUUGGUGAUGACUUUAGGUCUCUGGCAAGCGAAGUGUUCGCAUAACUAAUAGUGAUAACUAAAUCUUGGAUAAUAAUUUGAUACAGACACAUUGUAGCUGUAAACCUGUACUGAUAUGGUAUUGUAGUAAUAUCACUGUACAGGCCUGUGGGAGAGGGCAAUGGUGAGAGACCUGCCUUGUUUUUUCACCCCCACACAAACAUCUGGGUCUAAUACAGGAGAAAAGUUGCAGGCCUGGCCUUGUUCUCCUGCGCAGACAAUGGCUGUAUUCUCCGAGCGUCGUCCACCCUCAGAAGGGCAAAGAAUAACACACACAAAUCAGCUAACGCACUCACGCAUCUCUCCUGCUUAUGUUGAUUGCAACGCAGCAUCUUACUUAGCAGCUGUGAGCAGAGCCCUCCUCUCUUAUGGAGCUUAGACGGCUCAUUUAGCCUCUAGAUUGUAAGAUGAAUGAUUCACAAAGGACCUGUUAGGCUGCAAGCGAGCCGUUAGAGGCCUACCCUCCCUCCUCCCCCGCCUCACUCCAAUCAUGGCCUGUAUAUAUAAAACGGAAGUCAGUGUCGGUGAUCCCUACCAUCCACGUGGUAGAAGCACACUCUAGAAUAGCCCCCAGGGGCCCCCUCGGACUUUCAGCCACGUUCCCAGUGCGUUCAUCCUGCUUCUUGCCCCUCAGCCUGUUUGUUACAGUCAAGCCAACGAGUAUAUUUAUGUUGAUUUUGAACGAUGUCUAUUAUCAGACUGAACUACACAUUUGCAGAUAGGAACACAGGAAGACUUCUGAACGUAUCUAAGAGAGUUCUUUUGCUUAUAUUAUUAUGGUAUUACCUUUGCACAAGGUUAACCGUGUCAUAGCAGGAAAAUAUAACUGGAGAGUUAGCUGGACAAUUUGGGACAACUACUUCCUUAGUGAGAUGAUUGGAGUGUUUGUCAUUUAUGGAGGUAUAGUCAGCAGCUGUUUGGCUUAGUGGGAACAGUGUAAACAUGGGGUCCAAAGCUUACAAGAAUGAGUCAGUCUGCACACCGUGUCUGCACUUCACAGUUGUUAUGACUGGAUUAGUGAGUUCACAGUAACAGGUAACCCAGAAGCUACACUCAUACCCAUCUUGGCUUUCUAGCGGAGGGGGUCUUUCGAGCAUAAUAUCAAACUUACAAACAAACUAUACAAACAAGAAACAUGUUGUAUAGUUUGGGGUGUUUACCUUGGUUAUUUUUGGCACCAAAAAUAUGAAUGAAAAAAUCAACCAAAAACCUAAUUGUAUCUCAUAUUAUCCGCACAGAGGGAUGAAGCCAGGAACGGCUACUUAUUUCCACAUCCGACCUUCAUUUACAAUGCAGGAUGUUUUUGUAUGGUGGAGACAUGAUGCCAGUCAUUCUGCUGUUGCUUUUAAGCUGUCAUGUCUGGAUUAAUUAGCGCUCUGGUAGCCUUGCACACAGACACACACAUUGGCUUUUUCGAGGCACUAUUGUUUCUCUGCCUUUCAUUCACAGCAACACAGUGAAUAUUCAUUGUUUUUCCAGCCUGUGGCAGCAGGACGGAUGGUUUGGCUUCUCAGCGUGCUAUUUCCCUCCCUUUGCUGUAAUACGUUUUCAAGAAUAAUUAGAAAACCAUUUGGACAAAGACUUUCUGCCUAUAUUGCACAUUUUCACUGCAUUUAGAUUUGGGUUCUAGUUUUGUCAUUGCCCAAUGACUUCCCUGGCCAAAAAGCUUCAAGUUUUUUACAAGAGCAAAACUUUAUUUAGCUACAAUGAACUAUUUCGCAUGUCAGAAUGUUAUUAGGAGAAUUAUCCUCUUUUUGGAGGACCAGAUAGCAUUAUCACCAAAUUUGCAACAUGAAAUUCAAUUUGAAGAACUGCAGCACAUAGAAAUGAGGUGUUUUUCUUUAGCUUUUUAUAGGUACCUCCGUUCACUCUCCUUAAAUUUCUCUUCCCUUAUGACAAGUCACGCAAACAUGCCAUUAUGCGUACGUACUGCGAUAACGCACAGCUCAUUUUACCACAAAGCGUGCUAGCUGCUGACCUCAAAACAAGGGCCUCCAACCUUUCUUUCUUUCUUGUAUACCCGGCGUGUGAAGAACGUGCUCACUGGAACACAUUAAAGUCAUUGUCUCAAAGUUCUUCCAUCCAUCCAUUUUUCAAAGCCGCUUAUUGUUCAUACAGGGGAGCUGGGGUCAAUCCCAACUAGCUGUUAAAUUCUUAGAUUGCUUUCACACAUUUGGUUAAAUUUGUACACAUCAGCGUGUCCCCUGCCGCGUGCCAUGCGCCCAUGCACCGCCCUGACAUCUUACGUUCUCCUUCGGUGAGCGGAGAUCAUGCACCCUCUGAUCUCCCAAGUGUUUCCCAGCGGGUUCAUGUUCCGCCAGAUGGUGUAGAUGUUGUGUUGUGGCCUCGAAAGUUGUGUGUGUGUGUGUGUGUGUGUGUGUGUGCGCCUGUUUAUGAAUUUCAUACCAUGUCAUCAGCAUUUUUAAGCAUUUUGCGUAUCAGAAGGCCUCCUGUGCUGUAACUAGUGGAGCUGCCAGAUGAUGGUGUGUGUGUUAGUGUGUGCGCGUGGCUGUACUCACUCUGCCUUACAGGGGACGUUGCAGAGAAAGGCCAAGAUUGUUGUUCAAAUAGGAGAAACUAAUUUAUUUAUUUAUUCUCAGACAAACCCAUACUCCGUCCUCACAAUCACCAUGGAAACAUACCUAAACUCUUUACAUCUCUUGUUCUCUCCCAGAAUUUGCGUCUCACUCCUGUUUUACUGUUUUCUCUCAGUGAGAUCAUGAAAAAUUGAGCGUGUACAGUACAGUGUGUGGGGUCAAUUCUACAACAGCACGACCUGUGGUUCAUCCUGUCUGAUGUUUUCACAAUAAAAUUACUCUGAAACUCC